CGGGCCGGGGGCCGCCUCGGCCCCGCGGCGGCGGGGGAGGCGGCGGAGGCGGGCGAUGCGGCCGGCGGCCCGGUGAAGCAUGCUGAGGACGGAGGCCGCGAGCGGCGCGGCCGCCCCGGGCGGCAACGCGGCGGCGGGCGGCAGCGGCGCGGGGAGCGGCGGGCUGCGGAGCGCGUCCCCGCACAGGAACGCCUACGAGGCCAGCAUCCAGGCCCUCAAGACCACAAAGGAUGCCGACGGCGAGGACGCCAAGAAAGCCCGGAGCAAGAAGUAUGGCUCCAACGUCCACCGGAUCAAGAACAUGUUCCUGCAGAUGGGCACGGCGCCGGGCGCCGAGGGCGCCUGCGACUUGGCCAAGGCCAAGGAGAAGCCCGUCCGCCUCUCCUUGCCCCGGGCCAGCAGCCUCAGCGAGCCCAUGGACCAGGGCGCCCUGCUCAAGCUGGGCACCAGCGUCUCCGAGCGGGUGAGCCGCUUCGACUCGAAGCCCGACAAGCCCUUCUCCAAGCUGCAGGAGACCCGCAAGAUCUUCGAGAGGAGCCUCCAGGAGAAGGAGACCACCAACAAGCUCCUGCUGCGGAAGGAGCGGGCCGGCUUCCAGGACCGAAAGCUCGACGUGGUGGUGAAGUUCAACGGCAGCACCGAGUCCUUGGACAAGCUGGACACGGAGGCCGUGUCGCCCACCGUCAGCCAGCUCAGCGCCGUCUUCGAGAAGGCCGACCUGCGCAACAACCUGCACAAGACGCCGGGCAAAGUGGGGCCGCUCAACUCCAAGCUGGUCAGCAAGCGCUCCCGGGUCUUCCUGCAGGGCCAGGACGCGGGCAAGGCGGAGAGCCGGCCGGGCGACGGCGCCGCGCUCCAGGCCCGGCUCCGGCAAGCCGAGGAGGAGAAGGGGCCGGGCAAAGGCAGCCGGCCGGCGGAGAAGGACGGAGGCAGCGCCCGGGGGCCCGGCGUGCAGGAGGUGUGCAAGAUCAAGCCGGUGGAGGUGGAGGAGAGCGGCGAGUCGGAGCCGGAGCCGGAGGCGGGCGAGCGGGCGGAGGAGCCGGCGGGCGAGCCGGCGCUGCCGCCGGAGCCGGCCAAGGGGGCCGAGGUGCCGCGGGCCGAGACGACGGUGCCCGCGGGCCAGGAGGCCGGGCGCGGGGCGGCCGAGAAGCCCCCGGAGCGGGGCGAGGAGACCGCCUACCCCGAGGAGGCCGGCAAGGGCGAGCGGGCGGACGAGGGCGACCUGUACGACGAGUCCAAGAAGGAGGACUUCUCCGAGGCGGACCUGGUGGACAUAAGUGCCUACAGCGGGCUCGGGGAGGACUCGGGGGGCAGCGGGCUGGAUGAGGACGAAGAGGCCGAUGGGCUCUACGAGCCCGAGUCCAGCUGCGUGGAGAUCCCCGGGCUCUCCGAGGAAGAGGAGCCCGUGCCCAACCGAAAGAUCCAGUUCAGCACGGCGCCCAUCCAGGUCUUCAGCACUUACUCUAACGAGGACUACGACCGCCGCAACGAGGAUGUCGACCCCAUGGCCGCCUCGGCCGAGUACGAGCUGGAGAAGAGGGUGGAGCGGCUUGACCUCUUCCCCGUGGAGCUGGAGAAAGACUCCGAAGGGCUGGGGAUCAGCAUCAUCGGCAUGGGCGCAGGGGCCGACAUGGGCCUGGAGAAACUGGGCAUCUUCGUCAAGACGGUGACGGAGGGAGGGGCGGCCCACCGGGACGGCAGGAUCCAGGUGAAUGACCUCAUCGUGGAGGUGGACGGCACCAGCUUGGUGGGGGUGACGCAGAGCUUCGCCGCCUCCGUGCUCAGGAACACCAAGGGCCGCGUCCGGUUCCUCAUCGGGCGGGAGAAGCCGGGUGAGCAGAGCGAGGUGGCCCAGCUGAUCCAGCAGACCCUGGAGCAGGAGCGGUGGCAGCGGGAGAUGAUCGAGCAGCGGUACACCCAGUACACCGAGGAGGACGAGGAGACGGGCGAAUACGCCACAGACGAGGAGGAGGAGAUGAGCCCCAUGUUCCCCAGCAGCGAGAUGGCCAUCGAGGUCUUUGAGCUGGCUGAGAACGAGGACACGCUCUCCCCGGUGGAGAUGGACCCCGAGAAGCUGGUGCACAAGUUCAAGGAGCUCCAAAUCAAGCAUGCCGUCACCGAGGCCGAGAUCCAGCAGCUCAAGAGGAAGCUGCAGUGCCUGGAGCAGGAGAAGGCCCGGUGGCGGGCCGAGAAGGCCCAGCUGGAGCAGAGCGUGGAGGAGAACAAGGAGCGGAUGGAGAAGCUGGAGGGGUACUGGAUGGAGGCGCAGAACCUGUGCCAGGCUGUGGACGAGCACCUCAAGGAGACGCAGGCCCAGUACCAGACCCUGGAGCGCAAGUACAGCAAGGCCAAGAGACUCAUCAAGGAGUACCAGCAAAAGGAGAUCGAGUUCCUGAAGAAGGAGACAGCCCAGCGGCGCGUGCUGGAGGAGUCGGAGCUGGCCCACAAGGAGGAGAUCGAGAAGCUGCAGGAGAAGAUCUCCGAACUGGAGGCCAAGCUGCAGACUUUGAAAAAUUCCAACCCGACUUCCCGGCCCACCCCCGGCCCCGGCCGCUUCCGGGUUCCUGUCCCCCCCCCGCGGCCCCCGGCCCGGCGGGGCGGCCCGGCUCUGCGGCGCCCUCGGCUCGGCCCGGCCCGGUUCCCCGGCGCCCUCGGCCCGGCACGGCCCGGCUCGGCCCGCGGCCCGGCGGCGGGAGGCGCCCAGGAUGCCCGAGGAGCGCGGCUCUGUCUCACCAUGUCGGUCUCCAAGCUGCAGGACGUGGAUGAGGUUUUUGAUUUUACCGCUGUGGUUCCAGAGACGCAGCGGCUCGACAGCAGCUUGCAGAAGGCCCGAGCCCGGCUCCUAGCCAAGGGCCGGCGGCACCGGCCAUCCCGCUCCCGCCUGCGAGACAGCGCCAGCUCCACCGAGGGCGAAGAGGGGCCCGAGCGGAGGGGAGCCGAGGGCAGCGGCAGCCCCGCGGCCGGGAGGCGCUCGCCGGGGGGCUGCUCGCCCCCGGCCUCGUCCCCGCGCUCGGCCCCGUCACCCUUCUCCCGCGGCACCGAGUUCUCCUUCGAGGCCUCGGCCGUGCGGCGGGCGCUGGGGGACCCCGAGGGCCCCUCGCCACCCCUCAGCCGCUACCGGCCCCUCACCAACGCCUCGUCCCAGGAGGGGCUGGCGGGUACCCCCUCGCCCAAGUCCUGCCACAGCUCCGACAGCUCGCCCGGCUUCGCCCGCCGCGACGCCCGGCCCCAGCGGCACAGCGAAGAUGACAGCCGGGACAUGAGUCCCCCCGAGCCGGCCAGCCCCACCGUGGGGCUGGAUAAGAAAACGCGGAGGAAGUUCCUGGAUCUGGGGGUGACCCUCCGCCGGGCAUCCUCUGGCAAGAGCAAGAAGGAGAAGGGGAGCAACCGCCUGUCCAUGGGCAGCAGGGAGGCGGCGGAGGGCUCCGGCCGCCCCUCGGGCUCGCCCUUCCUGCCCUUCUCCUGGUUCUCGGAUGGCGCGAAGGGCUCGGCCUCCCCGGGCACCGCUUCGCCCGCCGGCUCGCCCCGGCAUGAGGGCCUCAGCCCCGCCAAAUCCGCCUCCCAGGAAUCGACGCUGAGCGACGACUCCACGCCGCCCAGCUCCAGCCCCCGGCUGCCCAGCAGCACGGCCGACACCAAGUGCUCCUACCCCUAUCACACCCUGUCGCAGUCCUCGGACGAGUUCCUGGACGAGCCCCCCGGCGCAGCCGCGGGCUGGACCUGCCAGCAGGUCGGGCAGUGGCUGGAGAGCCUCAACCUGGAGCAGUACGUGGACGAGUUCUUGGCCCAUGGGGUCGACGGUCCCCGGCUCCUGCACCUCGACGGCGCCAAGCUCAAGGCGCUGGGCGUGGGCAGCUCGCAGGACCGCGCGGUGCUCAAGCGGAAGCUGAAGGAGCUGAGCCUGGCGGUGGAGAAGGAGCGCAAGGCCCAGGAGAAGGCGGAGAAGCAGCGGGAGAAGCAGAAGAAGAGGGACCAGGAGCAGCGGAGAAGCUAGGGGGGGCCAAGGAGCGCCCCAGCACCCCUUCCCCUGCCUGCAGCCCCCGGGAUGCCGGGGGGCACCAGACUCCGGCAUGGGACACGCCAGCCAUGGCGAAGGGACCGUGGUGCCAGGCCAAGAUGAGCACAGAGCGGCACGUGCCCCCCUCCUCCAUCCGCCCCCUCCCUGCCUGCACCCUCCACCCCACGGGCACAGACCAGGGCCUGAGCCCCUCUUCCGGAUGCAAAUGGCACGUCAGCCCCCACCCCGCCCCCCCUCCCCCCGGCUGCCCCACACCCCGAAAGGCCUGGGGGUCCCAGCCGCCCCUCCGCCCCGGCCCCCACCCCCCGGCGCGGUGCGGCACCGGCCGAGGGCAGCGCAUGGCCUGAGACCCCCGGACGCGCGCAGCCCGAGUCGGGAUGCGGUGAGCGAAUGCUGAUCCCCCCCUCCCCAAAUAAAACCGACCCGGCCCGCCAGCGGCAUGGGUGGCACCCCAGGAAAUAAAAGGGUAACGAGGGCCAGUGCAAA